AUGGUUCUCCAUAACCCCAACAACUGGCACUGGGUGAAUAAGAAUGUCACUAGCUGGGCGAAGGCCUAUCUAGAGGAGAACCUUGUUGGAAUCUCCGCCGAGGAGAAUGGUGUGACGGCUAAGAUUAAUAAACUUGUCCGCAUGGAUGGCGACGUGGACGUCAGCCAGCGGAAAGGAAAAGUUAUAACCCUCUUCGAUGUCAAAUUACAGCUUGACUAUGAAGGAACCACGAGUGAGAAAGAGGAUGUCACUGGUUCGAUUAAAAUCCCCGAGGUUGCGCAUGACACUGAGGCAGAUGAGUACGUACAGUUUUUUGUAACCAAAGACGACUCUCAACAGUUUGACACGAGCAUAUAUUCCGAGACCGCGAAGAAGCAGCCCGUGAAAGACCUUGUUCGCUCGAAGAUAGUCCCCCAGCUGCGCGCUGCACUCGUCAAACUCGCCCCGGCUCUGAUCAAGGAGCAUGGAAAGGACAUCCAACAUGCCCCUGGCUCCAACCCAUCCAGCGGCUUCUCUACGCCUACUACCCUUAAGUCUUCCACUCCCCAGCCAGCUACAAAGGCCGCUGACACGGCAGCCACUACCACUACUACCACUACCACUUCAACUGGCAAAUCUUCUGUCAACACCGUUUCCGUAAACGCCUCUGACGAGUUCCGUACCACUGCUGAACAGCUGUAUACUACCUUCACCGACCCUGAGCGUCUCGCAGCUUUCACGCGCGGAGCUCCUCGUCGAUUCGACGGUGCCAAGGUCGGUGGACAGUUUAGCAUAUUUGACGGAAACGUCGAUGGCGAGUAUGUCACUCUUGAGAAACCUGGCCUUAUCGUCCAGAAAUGGCGACUGGCGCAGUGGCCUGAAGGACACUACAGUACCCAGGAGAUCAAGUUUGUUCAAAACGACGUUGACGGCGUCACUGUCUUGAACGUGAGAUGGGAUGGUGUGCCAGUUGGACAGGAAGAUGUCGUUAAACACAAUUGGGAUGGAUACUACGUUCGUAGCAUCAAGCAGACUUUUGGAUUCGGCACAAUCCUAUGA